AUGCUGUUUGGAGAUCUGGCAGAACUGGCCGACAAAGCAUCCAAAUAUGAGGAACUGCUUAGGGAAGAACAACAAAGGAGGAACUCCUCCAAAGGUACCUACUACAAGACCCCUUCUUCUUCAGUCCACCUAGUUGAGGUAGAAUCAGAAGAUGAAGCAGAGGAGUCGAAGGAAAGAGAGAUUGUAGUGGUAGAGAUGGCAAAAUUUAAACAUCCCAUCAGCUGCAAGGCCCUUACAAAGCCACUAAAGGAUCAGAAGCCGCCACCAUUCAUAGGAGGGUUUGUUCCAAACAAACCAACACAAAACAAGAAAGCAAUAGAAACAACCCACAGGAUCCUCAAGCCAGAAGAACUCAAGGGCAGGCAAGAUGUUAUACAAGAAGGAAUAACAGCAGGAAGGCUGAAGCUAGCGGAGAAACCUCCAUCAGUCACAACAGAUCCUUUUCCCCAACCACAAGUCAACAUGGUCAACUUAAAUUGGCCAUAA